CUUAGACAUCCUGAUUGUGUCACCAGUCAGCGAAAGAACUUAACGCUACCGAAGACAUCCAUCGUGAUCGUGUUCUACAACGAACCAUGGUCUGUUCUUUUGAGAACAGUUCAUUCUGUGCUGGACAACUCUCCGAUGAAUCUCAUCGAUGAAUUGCUGCUUGUUGACGACUAUUCUUAUCUACCUUUCUUGAAGACUCAGCUGGAAGAGUAUUUUGAACCAUACCCGGUUGUAAAAUUUAUUCGAGCCAAAGAGCGUCUCGGAUUAAUACGCGCCCGAAUGACAGGAGCCAAGAGUGCUUCUUCGGACAUUGUAACCUUCUUGGAUGCGCAUGUAGAGUGUACAGAAGGUUGGCUUGAACCUCUACUGGAGGUAGUUGUCCGCAACUCUACGCAUAUCGCCCUUCCAACGAUCGAUCGCAUCAACGAGCAGGACAUGAGCCUCCGAACAAACAUUUCACUACUGCUUGCUGGUGCUUUCGAGUGGGAUCUUAACUUUGGCUGGUGCGAAAGGAAGCAAUUACACCGCAAGUACGCUCACCCAUUCGAACCGUUCGAUACGCCAGCGAUGGCAGGUGGACUGUUUACCAUCAACAGGACGUUUUUCGAGCGGAUCGGUUGGUACGAUGAGGAGUACAUCAUAUACGGAAUGGAAAACAUCGAACUUUCAAUCAAGAGCUGGAUGUGUGGUGGAAAACUUGUAACCGUGCCGUGUUCUCGUGUGGGACACGUACAGAAGCAUGCUCAUCCGUACCUGUUCGAUGUGAAGAAGGACUUGGCGUUCCACAAUUCAGCCCGGUUGGCGGAAGUAUGGAUGGAUGAGUACAAACAGGUCGUUUUUGAUGUGAACGGGCUACCUCGGUAUUCAGAAGAUCUAUUCGGUUCGGUUGACAAGCGGAAGCGUGUAAGAGAACGGGCCAAGUGCAAACCGUUCCGCUACUACCUUCAGCAUGCUUUUCCCGAGCUCCACAAGCCUUCUAUUAAUGGACAGUUUCGUGGAGAAAUAAAAAGCGUUGCAUUAGGUGUGAAGUUUUGUCUUACGAUGGAUAAAGAAGGCUCCAUACCGUACAUGACUCGGUGCGAUAAGCUUGAGGAGAGCCAAUACUGGAGUCAUAGCUACUAUCAGGACAUCAACUCCUACAAGGCAUGUCUUGAUUUCGAUGGAGUAUCGCUCACUACGGAAAUUUGUCAUCGACACCGGGGCAAUCAGGCCUGGAUGUAUGUGAGUGAAACGAAACAAAUAUGGAGCAUGGUACACAACAGAUGCCUAUCAGUAAGUGUAACGGCAAACUACACGUUAACUUUGGAAAAGUGUGAUGUCACUAGAGACUACCAACAGUGGUUAGUUACGCUUGUGUCGUAUGAUUUCUUAGUCUAG